AUGAGCUCCUCCGGAGGUCCGUCGGGACCUUCAGCGACAACGGCUGGCGGUUCAAGCCAGGCGUCCGAGCAGCAACCGGUAGCCGGCCCCAGCAACACGGCUCUCGUUCCCGCUGCUGCCGCUGCUGCUCCGGACGUUCAGCCGAUGGAGAUGAUUGGCCGGCCCAUGAACGCCAAGUACGGCACGCUGGGCCGGCCGGUGAAGGUUCUGGUGAAUUUCUUCAAGGUGGAUCUGCGCAUCCCCUCCGCGCCUCUCGUCCACUACGAUUUCCGAAUUUCCGUAGCCCUUGUGCUGUUCAUGGUGGUGCGCCGAGCCAUGUGCGACCAGCACCUGGCGGCCUUCCUCCAGGACAAUCUCCCCUUGCUGGCAACGACUCCCUCCCGCUCGCCCACUCUCCCCCCUCUGUCCCCCCUCUCCCCCCCACCUCCCCCCUUGUGCUCCACACAACAGCAUGGUGGUGCGCCGAGCAAUGAUGAAGGCCAUUUACGAUCAGCACCCGGCGGCCUUCCCCCAAGACACUCUCCCCCUGCUGUCUCAACGACUCUCAUCACCUCUCUCAGGCUCUCCCCCCGCCUCCCCUCUCCCCCUCCUUCCCCCUUACAGGUGCGCUUCUCCAAGGAUGUGCGCAGCAUGGUAGUGCGACGUGCAGUGAUGAAGGCCAUGUACGAUCAGCACCCGGCGGCCUUCCCUCAGGACACGCUCCCGCAGCUCGCUACGACUCUCCUCUUCCUCCCCCUAUUUCUCUCCCCCCUCCCCCCCCGCCUCCCCCGUUUCCCCCACUUCCAUUCGCCCGCACCACAGGUGCGCUUCUCCAAAGAUGUGCGCAGCACGGUGGUGCGGCGAGCAAUGAUGAAGGCCAUGUACCAGCAGCACCCGGCGGCCUUCCCCCAGGACACUCUCCCCCUGCUGGCAUACGACGGCAAUAACGCCCUCUUUGCCCUGCGCGCGCUCAAGAUCCAGUCGCCACAGACGUUCCCUAUCAAGAUUAUGGACGAGCGACCCACGCCAGCAGCGCGAGGCGACGAUGGGGAGGCGGCACUGAAGAGGCCGCGCAAGGAAGAUUCGAGGCCUCCGCGAAUCAAGGACGAGCUGGAUAUCAUCCUCACACAGGUGGCGGAGGUAUCUCUCUCCGACAUCAAGGCCGCUAUCACCCCGGCUGGCACCACUGCUCCUGUCUUCGCCCUGGACGCCUUCCGUGCUCUGGACGUGAAGCUGCGGGACUAUGCCGCCCAACGCUUCCUUCUUGUCAAGGACAAGUUUUUCGACCGCAGCUUUGGCCGCGUGGCCCCUCUCCCGGGGGGCAUUGAGGCAUGGACGGGGUUCAAUGUCAGCUUCAGGCCCAUUCACAACGCACUGGCACUCAACCUUGACGUCGUGACAGCGUGCAUGGUGCAGCCCAUCCCCGUGUUGGACCUGCUCGGGUCCCUCCUCAACCGCAACCCGCCCGACCGCCUUUCUGACGCGGACAGAAUCCGGCUGAAGGGCAUUCUGAGGAACCUGAGGGUGGAAGGAAAGCCCAGCGGUCAAAAGCACAAGGUGUAUGACCUCACACGCGAGGGGGCUGCUGACCUCAGGUUCAACAACCGGCGCAACAACGAUGAGAGCCAGAGCGUGGAAGAGUAUUACCAGCGGCAGCACGGCAUCACCCUGCGCUUCCCCCACCUGCCCUGCAUCUCUGCCUCCAACCGCCCCAACCGGCCCUGCUGGGUGCCGCUGGAGCUCUGCAGCGUGGUGGACGCACAGAGGUACCUGCGCCAGCUGACACCGCAGCAGGUGGCGGCCAUCGGCAAUCUGCGCCUCAAGCCCGACAAGCGCCGCGGCGACAUUGCCAACGCGGUGGGAGCAGCGGGUCUGGCGAACAACCCUCUGCUGGAGGCCUUUGGAAUGCGCAUCCAGCCCAACAUGAUGCAGGCUGAUGGCAGGCAGCUGGAGCCUCCCGUUCUGCAGUUCGGUGAGAAGGGCUCCAUGCAGCCUCGGGACGGGCAGUGGAACAUGAACGAUAAGCGCAUGUUUGCACCCGCCAAAAUCACGACAUGGGCAGUGGUGUGUUUCGACCACCGUGUGAGGGACCCCAUGCAGGUGGCGACUGCCCUCAAGGACUGCUGCGCGCGCAAGGGACUGGUGAUCGAGAGCCGCCCAGAGGUGAUUGUGGAGGACACGCGCAGAGAGGCGCCUGAGAAGCUGGUGGAGCGGGUGAUCGCGCGCCUUAAGCAAUCCAAGCCUGCUUUCAUUCUCUGGAUCCUGGAAGUGCGCAAGACCAGCCCGCUGUAUGCGCCCAUCAAGAAGCUGUGUGACACAGUCAUAGGCGUACCCACACAGUGCAUCGUACAGCCAAACAAGGGCGGCUUUAACGACCAGUACCUCACCAAUGUGGCUCUCAAGAUGAACAUGAAGAUGAGGGGCAUCAACUGGGUGCUCACAAACAGGCGUGCCAUGCGCCCUCUCAGUGAGGUGCCCACUAUGGUCUUUGGCCUCGACGUCUCCCACGGUGCUCCGGGCAGCCGCGCUCCCUCCAUCGCUGCUGUGGUUGCAUCGAUGGAUCCCGAAGCCAGCAAGUAUGCGGUGCGGAGGCGCGCGCAGCACAGGAGGCAGGAGACAAUCCUUGGCCUCUUCGAUUCAGAAAGUGCCAAUGGCGGCAUGCUUUGUGAGCUGAUGAACGAUUUCGGCACGAUCAACAAAACGGCGCCCAAGCGCAUCAUCGUGUUCCGGGACGGCAUCAGCGAGUCGCAAUUUCCAACAGUGGGGGCGGCGGAGCUGCAGGCGUUCCGCAAGGCGUUCGAGUUGACUAGCAAGGUGGUGGGAAUCCCCAACUUCCGCCCCGCUAUCACCUACAUCGUGGCACAGAAGCGCAACAACGUGCGCUUUCUGCCCUCCCAGGGCGACCGCAACGUGCAGCCGGGGACCAUCGUGGAUAAGGAUGUGACCCACCCUUUCUUCUUCGACUUUUACAUGGUCUCGCACAAGGGGCUGCUGGGCACGAGCAGGCCAGUGCACUACCACGUGCUGCAUGAUGAGAAUGGGUUCACUGCGGACGAGAUUCAGCACCUCACGCACUCCCUCUGCUACAGUUAUGGGAGGUGCACUCGAGCGGUCUCCACUGUGUCGCCGGUGUUCUACGCGCACCUGGCAGCGACGCACUGCCGCAACCACUUUGACCACGAUCACGAUCAUGAUGCCACCGACUUCUCCUCUGAGUCAAGUGCCGGCCGCAACAGGGAUCCUGCCGCCCCUCGCCCUCCCCCUCCUCCUGUGCCUGAGCUGCCUGCUCUCGCUCAGGGCAUGCCCACACGCAUGUUCUACUGCUGA